AACAUUCUCUUCCUCCCCUCUCUCUCUCUCUCUCUCUCUCUGCUCUUACGUCUAAGAAAGCCUAGCAACAUCCAUGGCUGCCAACAAGAUUGCAAAUAUGUUACACAGACACACCCACAAACUCACUGUAAUUCUAAUCUUUGCAGUCCUUGAAUGGAUUAUGAUACUUCUCCUCCUCCUCAACUCUUUGUUUUCUUAUCUGAUCGUGAAAUUCGCCAAAUACUUUGGCCUCAAAAAGCCCUGCAUUUGGUGUUCUAGAGUUGAUCACAUCUUGGAGCCCAACAAGAACACGAAAACAUAUAGAGAUCUUCUAUGCGAGGCACACGCCACGGAGAUUUCCAAAUUGAGUUACUGUUCUAAUCACAAAAAGUUGUCUGAAUCGCAAAAUUUGUGCAGAAAUUGCUCUUCUUCUCAACCAGUUUACAAUGCAAAUUCACUUGGCGUCUCACAAAUUACUUUCUUUACUUGCGUGAGUAAGAAUAUAUCUGAAAAUGAUGAGAAGAAUCAUCGGUGUUCCUGCUGUGAUGAGAGUUUGAGCAGCAAACUCUACCCUCCUUUCCUGUUGUUGAAGCCUUCUUGGGGUGUUUUGGACUAUAUCCAGAAAGAGCGUUUGAUUACAAAAGCAUUGGAAUAUCACAAUGGAAGUGAGAACUCAGACAACAGUAAAUCUGAGUGUAUGGAAGAUCACUGCAACAAUGACCGAGAGAUUGAAGAAAAGAGAGAUGAUGAUGAUGAUGAUGAUGUUGAAGUGGAGGGAGAUGAACAUCAGUUACUUUAUGAUGGUGAAACUUUAAAUUUUGGAGGCGUAGAGGAGGAUUGUUCAGUUGAAUGUGACAAGGAAGGUGUUCUUGAAGCUCAAGAGAAACAAUCCAGUCUUGCAGAUUACAUUAUUCAUCUAUCUUCUGCUGAUGGCACCCGGAAGAUGUGUAACGAAGAUUAUGAAUUACCCAGAAUCAAGAAUCUGCCUUUGAAGAACAGUGACAACCGCAAUUUUGAUCGCUUAGUCCCGGUUGAAUUGAUUGAUUCUGUAACCAUUGCAAGCCAAAGAUCAUACANAUGUAACGAAGAUUAUGAAUUACCCAGAAUCAAGAAUCUGCCUUUGAAGAACAGUGACUACCGCAAUUUUGAUUGCUUAGUCCCGGUUGAAUUGAUUGAUUCUGUAACCAUUGCAAGCCAAAGAUCAUACAUACAUAGAGGGGAAGAUAAGGAUGAAAAUUAUGAUUCUGUGACAGGGAUUGAAACAGAAGGCGAAUUAACUGAAAAGGCUAAAAAUGUCUCAAAAGAGGCGGCUUUGCGAAUGAUGAAUGAGAGUGAAGUGACAAGAAGGUGUGGAGUCCUGGAAAGCUUGGAGAUUGGUGAGAUUGAGAACUCUUCAAGUCAAAUGGUUGAACAAGUGAUUCAAGGUUUAGUUGUUGAGACUUGUGGACACUAUGUUGCUAGCCAGGCAACUCAAACCCCAAGCAUUGAUGAUAAAGAUUUUGAAGCAGCAACCAUCAAAGAACCUGAUAAUUGUCAAGCUGAUGAGGAAGAAGGUAGUUGUCAGUUGUCAGGAAACGAAACCAAAUUUGACAUCAUGAUAGGCACAGAAGUGUCAGGCUAUGAGCCAGAUGAUCACAGUCAAGCUAAAGAACCAACUUCUACAUCUCCAUGCAAACAAGUAGAUCAAUCUUCUGCAGAUAAAGAGAGCAUUAGAAUUUCUACUGGCCUUAAUGCAUUUGUAAUUGAGAAAGACCAAGAAUUGAAAGAAGUGGAUGAAGAGAAAUUUCCGCUAGCAUCCACUUACAUGGAUAAUGUCCAGCAGCUGCAUAAGAAACUGCUACUAAUUGAGAAAAGGGAACCGGGGACAGAGGAUUCUUGGGAUGGAAGUGUGAUAAGUGAAAUAGAAGGAGAUGAUGGACUUAUGACCAUUGAAAAGUUGAUAUCAGCUUUAAAAGCUCAACGCAAGGCUCUAAGUGCUUUAUAUGCAGAACUAGAAGAAGAGAGGAAUGCUUCAGCCAUAGCAACCAACCAAACGAUGGCUAUGAUAACGAGGCUUCAAGAAGAGAAGGCUGCAAUGCAUAUGGAAGCAUUGCAAUACCAGAGAAUGAUGGAAGAACAAACAGAGUACGACCAGGAAGCCUUGCAGCUUUUAAACGAACUCAUGAUAAAGAGAGAAAAGGAGAAGCAAGACCUCGAGAAAGAACUGGAAAUGUACUGUAAGAAAGUUUUAGAAUAUGAAGCAAAAGAAAAGUUGAUGAUGGUGAGAAGCGAAGAUGGAAGUGCAAGAAUUAGGUACUCUCCUGCUUCUUCCAGCUGUGCUGAUGACAAUGAUGAGCUAUCCAUUGAUCUUAAUCGUGAAGUGAGGGAUGAAGAUAAUAGCUUCUCUGACCAUGAAGAAACAAUUCAUAACACUCCUGCUGAUGCUGUAAUAGAUUUGGAAGAGAUGGGACUAGAGUGCAUGAAGCAUUUGAGCACACUCGAUGAAUCGCUAGCUGAAUUCGAGGAAGAAAGGAUGUCCAUCCUGGAGGAGCUUAAGGCAUUGGAGGAGAGGCUUUUCGAGUUGGCUGAUGAUGAACAGCAGUUGUUUGAGGAUGUAAGCCCAAUUGAGCAUUUCACUGAUGAUUAUGGGAAAAAAUUUGAUGAGAAUUAUGGUUCAAGGAAUGCACAAGAAAAUGAGGUUUCACAGGUGAUCUCUAAGGAUAUCCAUGAAACACAUUAUCCUGGAUAUUCCAAGGCAAAGAGACUCCUUUCUCUGUUCAAUGAAACUGCCAUAAAAUCCAAAGAAGGAGAACUGCAAUAUGAAGAGGAGGUUAAAUCACAUUCAACUGGGAUGCAACUACCCUUGGAUGAUGGAACUGAAUUGGAGAACAAGAAAAUUGCCAUUGAAGAGGAGGUUGAUCGUGUCUAUGACAGGCUACAAGCUCUUGAAAAAGAUAGUGAGUUUUUAAAGGACUGUAAGGGAAUGGAACUUCUACAAGAAGUUAUGCAACAUCUUGGUGAUCUGAGGUCCAUUGAACUCUGUCUGAGGAACAUGGAUGCUGGUCCUUUGGCUUGAUCGCAAGAAAUGAAGAGAGAGAAGAUUGUCUGAGUUGAUUGAAGAGAUGGAAUUAAGUAGUGUGGGACUGUGUCGAUCACUUCAAACAAAUAGCUCAAGAAAAACUGCACUUUUCAUUGGUGCGACACAAAAAUUCUCUACAUGGAAGUGAAAUUUCCUGGUUUUUUUUUUUGUUUGGAUUGUGAAGUAGAAGUCUGCAACAAAGUAUGUGGGACUUCCAUGUUAUCUGAAAUUUUUGCAGCUUCAUCACAUUCUGUAAGUGUGGGUAAUUUGGUUCACACAAGACAAGUACUGAAACUCCAGCUCAACAGACCUUAAUACCAACUACUUGGACUCGGUUAGUGCAAAUUUUUUCCAUUUCUGUUGUUUACAGAGUGGGGUGGGGUGGUUAACAGGCAAGGGGGUUAUAUCUGUUUGAAAUAAUAUACGCACAAAUGUUUUUGAUUUUGUUGGGGACAGGAUCGAAUGAUUUGCAAACAUGUAUGG